UGCACAAUUAGAAAACUCAGACAUGAACAGCGACGCGUGCAUAUCUCAGCUCCAUAUAAUUAUCCUCGGUGGAGAAAAUUGGUUGGAAUUAGAAACAUCUCGCGUCCUGUAUGCCCUGUAAAGUGCUUGAGCUCUGCCCGCGAAGGACGCGACGCCUUGGCGUCCAGUCGCGCUAGUCUUCCUCCUCGCGCUUUCCCCAUCACCCAGCCUUCUCACAGGUCGACCAUGUUUCUGACCUUUAAAACUCCACCUCCUCUCUUUUCCUCACUUUCAGGAAAAAACUUGUACGUGAUUUUGGCUCUCGAAUACCCUCACCUUCUCGUCAAUUGGGCCAAUAUCAGAAGUGGAUUCAGUCGCGUCAGUUCAACGCGGUAUUGGAGCUGCACGUCGAAAAGUCUGCAAUUUUCGCGGACAGGACAGUGGUGAUAGAUGUCUGUCAUGAUGGAUUCCUCUCCCAGCAAAUUAAACACACAGCCAAGUCUACCUUCGACAGCGGGUGUGAAGCGUCCAGCUCCAUCACUGUUGCCCGCGUUCGAGCCGUUCUCCUCAUCGCCAGGCUUCCCGCGUCCUUCGAAGAGACAGGCUCGUUCGCCGCCCUCUGGACGCGAACAUGCUUACUCAAAAUACCCAACGCCAAUUCCUACUUCUACAACUGGUAUCCUUUCCUCUUCACCACCACGAGUUCAUGCGAGACCAGGUCUAAAACGUACACAAUCUUCCGUCUCUGAACGUGCACCGCUCUUGGCAGUACCCUCGAUUACCCUCCCCGACAAUGGAGAAGUCCUGCGCAUGGGCAGAUCAAGCAAUUCUUCGCAUUACCAAUUGUCAGCAAAUCGUCUGAUUUCUCGCGUUCAUGUUGAGGCUCGCUACAUUGCCGCAUCGGUUCCACUCGAACCGAAUAAGGUGGAGAUUAAGUGCAAAGGAUGGAAUGGAGUAAAGUUACAUUGUCAGGGUCGGACAUGGGAAUUGGCAAGAGACGAUACUUUCACAUCAGAGACCGAGGCUGCAGAGAUCAUGUUGGAUGUACAGGAUGCCCGUGUGUUGAUCGCCUGGCCAGGAAGGGAUCGCAAUAGCUCGGUUGGGGCUCAGACAGAGUCAUCUUGGGAUGAUGAGAACUCGCCGCGAGGUCGAGCUUCUGCUGUCAGUGCUCGCGGACAGAUGAUUGCUUCUAGCCCCCUUCGUCGUGGACAACGCCUCGAGUCUCCAGUUUCGCCUACUCCUGCUCGGCCAUCAUCGACUAAUUUGUCCGACCUCUUCUCUGAUGGCGUAGAACCUGGUGUGGUCAAAGUAUUCGAGGAUGCGCCUUCGCCUUCGCCACAAAGUCCCGAGGUUGUAGAAGGAGAGUCUUUCGUUUCGACCCAACCUGCCACUUCUUUUGCUGUCGAGAGUCAGUCGAGUGAUCUCAGUGAACCUGAGGAUGAUCCUGAUGAGGAGAAUGAUCCUAUCGUGCAUUCUUUUGGUCCUCAUGGUGCAAAUAUAUCUGCGCGUAUGGCUUCUUUCACAGCUGUUGGCUCCCCAGAAAUCCAUCGCGGGCGUGAUUUCUCGUCCUCCCCCCAACCCAGAUCCAGCUCCGAGUCCACCAACGAGGCCGAUGCCAUUCCUGUUGUCAAUCAUGUCGUGAACCAGCUUGCGUUUUCGCGUCUCUCUUCCACGCCACUUUCAGUCAUCUUGAAUCACUUACCAGCUGAAUUGAAAGGUGCAAGCACAACAUAUACUGAGAACAGGGGUCUUUCCAAAGAUGACUUGCGUAAAAUGUUGAAUGCGGCAGCCUGCAUAGGAGAGAUCCACCGCGAAGGGAAAGAUGCAGCAGGAAAGGCGCUCGAAAGCGAGUAUUACUAUAUCCCAGAUGAGGAUACCGACGAGCAGAGAAGAGCAGCAGUGGUAGAUGGAUUGAGAAAACCAAGUCUGAGAAAUUGUCGGAAACAGCAUAAGGUAUGUCAUCGGCUUGACGUUGAAGCUUCUGGAUAUCUAUUAACGUACCUUAGCAAUACUACUGGAAGAAACCAAGGACGCCGUAAGAAAUGGAACUUCUUGGAUCUGAUGUAUCAUUUUGCAUUUGGCAGGAUGUCAUGUUUGCAUACAGCCACGAUACCUUUUUCCUUUGAUUCGAUUGUCUAUAAUAUUGCAUAGCGUGGCGUACUUCCCCUUUCCUUUCUUUUAUUAGGUGGAUGGAUAUCAGUCGUUCCCAUUGGCAUUUGCUUCAAGUUCAGAGCUUUCAGCACGUGCUGGGCAUGGUGGGGGCGCGGUAUGAUGAUUGGGGAAAGGAAAUUCUCGAGGUGUUGCUGGAGUGUUGCUGGAGUUAUUUAACAGAAAGAUGAACUCAAGACCACUCAAAACUCAUGUGCUCCGAAUGUUCCAAGUUGUGAAAUGCACAAUAAUCG